AUGCACGGAGAGGUUCUUCACCUCCACCUCGGCCAGGCUGGUACCCAGCUGGGCAACAGUGCUUGGGAGCUCUACCUCCUCGAGCACGGCCUUGGCCCUGAUGGUCGUCCCGACCCCAACCUCAAGGACGGCCCCAAUGGUGGCUCCUACGAGACUUUCUUCUCCGAGACCAGCAACGGAAAAUACGUGCCCCGUUCCAUCUUUGUCGACCUCGACCCCUCUCCCAUCGAUGAGAUCCGCACCGGAAGCUACCGUCACCUCUACCACCCCGAGCUCCUGAUCAGCGGCAAGGAAGAUGCUGCCAACAACUAUGCCCGUGGCCACUACACCAUCGGCAAGGAGAUGGUCGACAAUGUCAUUGACCGCAUUCGACGUGUUGCUGACAACUGCAGCUCUCUGCAAGGUUUCCUGGUCUUCCACUCCUUCGGUGGUGGUACCGGCUCUGGUUUCGGUGCCCUCCUCCUUGAGCGCCUCUCCACCGAGUAUGGCAAGAAGUGCAAGCUGGAGUUUGCCGUCUACCCUGCUCCUCGCGUCUCUACCGCCGUCGUCGAACCCUACAACGCCGUUCUGUCGACCCACAGCACGAUCGAGAACUCCGACUGCACUUUCCUCGUCGACAACGAGGCUGUCUACGACAUCUGCCGUCGCAGCCUGGACAUUUCUCGCCCCAGCUACGAGCACCUCAACCGCCUGAUUGCCCAGGUCGUCAGCUCCAUCACCUCUUCCCUGCGUUUCGACGGUGCGCUUAAUGUCGACCUGAACGAGUUCCAGACCAACCUGGUCCCUUACCCUCGUAUCCACUACCCUCUGAUUAGCUACGCCCCUGUCAUUUCGGCCAGCAAGAGCUCCCACGAGAGCUUCAAGACCUCAGACCUCACCUUCCAGUGCUUCGAGCCCAACAACCAGAUGGUGGUCUGCGACCCCCGGAAUGGAAAGUACAUGGCCGUCGCACUGCUCUACCGCGGAGAUGUCGUCCCUCGCGACUGCAACGCCGCUGUUGCUGCCCUGAAGGCCAAGUCUUCGUUCAACCUCGUCGAGUGGUGCCCCACUGGUUUCAAGAUCGGCAUCAACUACCAGAAGCCCAUGGCGGUCCCCGCCGCCGAGGGUGGCCUGGCCUCGGUCGACCGGUCCGUGUCCAUGUUGUCCAACACCACGGCCAUUGCCGAGGCUUGGUCUCGCCUGGACCACAAGUUCGACCUCAUGUACAGCAAGCGUGCCUUUGUCCACUGGUACGUCGGCGAGGGUAUGGAGGAAGGCGAGUUCAGCGAGGCCCGCGAGGACCUGGCUGCCCUGGAGAAGGACUACGAGGAGGUCGCUGCCGACUCGUUCGAGCCUGAUGAGGAUGUUGAAUACUAG